CUGAGUAUUGUACAGUAGAGAGAGAGAGAGAGAGUCAGUAAAGGCGCAUAUACAGAGCGAGCGAGAUAGAGAGAAAUCUUGGGCGCCACCACCGUCAGCCUCCUGCUACCGUCAUUCUGCCGGAGCCGCCGCCUGUAAAAAAGUUCUGUUUUUGGUGAUAAUUAAUAAAUGAGGUUUUGUAAAUGACUUUCUUUGGAGAGGAAAAUAUGAUUCCUGAUCACAACACUACACUUGCUUCGGCAACGUAAAUCCUUGAGAUAAAGACUAAUAGACUCUCAUUAUUCUUCAGAUGAUGAGGCCCUUUGAAAACAGCAACAAUUUUCAUGAAUUUUAUGGCAGUAUCUAUUGGUAGGCGCUGCUGGUUCUCCUCCUCUCCUCCAUCAGCAUGCUCAUCUUCACUUCCAUGGAUCUCUCCUCUUCAAAUGUCGAAAGCUGCAUUGCCCAAACCAGACCCUCCACCCGAAACCACUACUACAACAAUAGAUACUCGGAGGAAGCCCAAGUAUAUCUCUCACGAAUCUGCCAUCAACUUAAUCAAACGUGAGAGAGAUCCAAAACAUGCUCUUGAAAUAUUUAACAUGGUAGCAGAGCAAAACGGAUUUAAUCACAAUGGCGCCACUUAUGCUACUAUCCUCGAUAAGCUGGCACGGUCCAAGAAGUUUGAAGCCAUUGAUGCUGUUCUGCAUCAGAUGACUUAUGAAACUUGCAAAUUUCAUGAGGGUGUAUUCCUUAAUCUCAUGAAGCAUUUUUCAAAAUCCUCUCUGCAUGAAAGAGUGCUCAAGAUGUUCUAUGCCAUCCAGCCAUAUGUUCGUGAGAAGCCAUCUCUCAAAGCCAUCAGCACUUGUCUCAAUCUCCUAGUUGAAUCAAACCAGAUUAAUUUAGCACGAGAGUUUCUCUUGCAUACAAAGAAGAGUCUCAACUUGAGGCCAAAUACAUGCAUUUUUAACAUCUUGGUUAAGCACCAUUGCAAGAGCAGGGAUCUUGAAUCUGCAUUUGAAGUUGUUAAUGAAAUGAAAAAGUCAAAGAUUUCCUAUCCUAAUUUGAUUACGUACUCAACCCUGAUGGAUGGUCUUUGUGAAAGUGGAAGACUUAAGGAAGCUAUUGACCUGUUUGAGGAAAUGGUCUCAAAGGAUCAGAUCUUGCCUGAUGCCUUAACUUACAAUAUUUUGAUCAAUGGGUUUUGCCGUGGAGGGAAAGUUGACCGGGCUAGGAAGGUAAUGGAAUUUAUGAAGAGCAAUGGAUGCAGUCCCAAUGUAUUCAAUUACUCAGCCCUGAUGAAUGGGUUUUGUAAGGAGGGAAGAGUGCAAGAUGCCAAGGAACUUUUUUAUGAGCUGAAGAGCUCUGGUCUGAAACCUGAUACGAUUGGCUACACUACUUUAAUCAAUUGCUUCUGUAGAGCUGGGAAAAUUGAUGAAGCCACAGAGUUACUCAAAGAGAUGAAAGAAAGAGAAUGUAGAGCUGAUACUGUGACUUUCAACGUGAUACUUAAAGGACUAUGCGGAGAAGGUAAGUUUGAGGAGGCACUUGAUAUGCUUGAGAAACUUCCUUAUGAUGGUGUUUAUCUGAACAAAGCAAGUUACCGGAUUGUGUUGAAUUUCUUGUGCCAAAAAGGUGAGUUGAAGAGGGCAACAGAGUUGUUGGAUUUGAUGUUGGGUAGGGGCUUUGUACCACAUUACGCAACUUCAAAUGAGUUGCUGUUUCACCUUUGCAAGGCUAAUAUGGCAGAUGAUGCAGCUAUUGCAAUGUUUGGAUUAGUAGAGAUGGGAUUUAAACCAGAGCCUGACUCAUGGGCUCAUGUGCUUGAAUUGGUUUGCAGAGAAAGGAGGCUGUUAUCUGCAUUUGAACUGCUUGAUGAACUGGUAUGUUAGAGAGCUUGGAUUCCACAACUGUAUUGUCAACUAACUUGAUGGGUUUGGGAAGCAACAUGGACGCUGAUGAAAGUAGGUGUAGAUAAUAUGAGAAAAGGUAUGGGCAGCCACCGUUUGAUCAAUUUUGCAAUCUUGAUCUACUUAGUGGUUUGUAAGAAAUUGUCAAUUAUCAUGAGGUGGUACAGUUUCUGUUGUCAAUUGAAAAGAAAGAAAGGAAACCAGGAGCUGAAAUUAAUUGACAAAGUGUAUUAUAAUAAGUGUACUUUUAUGUUAAGAGCGCAUCAAAUUGACCUUCAUCCAACAACGUAUUUAACUCUUUGGUA